AUGGACGCCCCUCGAAGGGACAUGGAGUUGCUCAGCAACAGCCUGGCGGCCUACGCACACAUCCGUGCGAAUCCCGAAAGCUUCGGCCUUUAUUUCGUGCUGGGUGUCUGCUUCGGCCUGCUGUUGACCCUGUGCCUCCUGGUCAUCAGCAUUUCCUGUGCGCCCCGCCCACGACCCCGCGGCCCCCCUCCUCGCCGAGACCCCCGCAGCAGCAGCACUCUGGAGCCCGAGGACGACGAUGAAGAUGAGGAGGACACCAUGACGCGGCUGGGCCCCGAUGACACGCUGCCUGGAGCCGAGCUGUCGGUGGAGGCUGACGGGCCCCUGAGCGUCAAUGUGUUCACGUCGGCAGAGGAGCUGGAGCGUGCGCAGCGGCUGGAGGAACGCGAGCGCAUCCUGCGGGAGAUCUGGCGCACCGGGCAGCCCGACCUGCUGGGCACAGGCACACUGGGGCCCGGCCCCACGGCCACAGGAACCCUGGGCCGCAUGCACUAUUACUGA